UUAAAUACGAUAUGCUGCCUAAAUACAUUUAUUAAAUACUUUAAUUUGUGCCGGCAAUCGACGUCAUUGAACUAUUUCUUAUUAAUUUAAAUAAAUAUUUACAUGAAAUGUAUUUUUUAAAAAAUCAUUCUACAAAUUAUAUUUUUUUUAAAGAAACAUACAAAAUAAGAAAAUGCACAACUAAAACUCGUAUUGAGACAGGUUAUCAACCACGAAAUGUAGAAAAAAGACAAGAAUUGAAUGCUUUGAACACUCUUGAGAGUCCAGAAAAAAAAAUAUUCAGUAUGAUUUUACCACCGCCAAAUGUUACUGGACAUAUUCACCUAGGACACUGUUUGACUGCUAUUGUGCAAGAUGUAAUUGCAAGAUACAAAAGGAAAUCGGGAUUUAAAGUUGAAUGGAUUCCCGGAAUGGAUCAUGCUGGAAUAGCUACACAGAUAGUAGUUGAGAAAUAUCUUAAAAAACAAAAAAACAUAACUCGUCAUGACUUAGGUCGUCAAAAAUUUAUAAAAGAAGUUCUAAAUUGGAAGGAUCAAAGAAGCACUUGCACAAAAAGAGACUUGUUAAAACUUGGUACUACUUUAGACUGGAAAAAGGAAUACUUCACAAUGGAUGAUUCACACAGUCACGCGGUUCGAGAAGCGUUCAUACGUUUAUUUGAUAAAGGCUUAAUAUAUCGUACUAAAUCCCUUGUUAAUUGGUCAUGCACGUUGGAAUCGACAAUUUCUGAUAUAGAAAUCGAUCAUUUAAACAUAGAUGGUCCUACUGAAAUAUCUGUUCCAGGUUAUGAUAAGAAAGUAAAAUUUGGGCAAAUAUAUGAUAUAGUCUAUAAAACAACGAAUGGAGAUGAAAUUAUAGUAUCAACUACGAGGCCUGAAACCAUUUUGGGAGAUGUCGCAGUUGCAGUAAAUCCUCGUGAUCCAAGGUAUAGCAGUUUUUUGCAAAAUAAAAAUUGUAAGCUGGUAAAUCCAUUUAGAAUGGACUUAAUACCAAUAAUUGCAGACGAGUCUAUUGAUAUGGAUUUCGGAAGUGGAGCUGUAAAAAUAACGCCAGCACACGAUAAAAAUGAUUUUGGGAUCGGCCAACGACACGAUCUCCCACUAAUAUCUGUUAUAAACGAAAAAGGAAAUAUUUCUUUAGAAUUUAAGAGCUUCGCAAAUUUACCGCGGUUUAAUGCGAGAGAUAUGAUUAUAAAUGCAUUAAUGGAUAAAGGACUUCUCAGAGAUAUAAAACCAUACAAAAUGUGCCUACCAAUUUGCUCGCGUUCAAAAGAUAUAAUAGAAUUUCAACUACGUUCUCAAUGGUUUGUUCGUUGUAAACGAAUGUCUGAAAAAGCUCUUGAAGCUGUUAAAUCAAGAAAAAUUAAAAUUUAUCCAGAAACAUUUAUUCGAGAGUGGGAACAUUGGCUUAGCGAUAUUCAUGAUUGGUGUAUAUCGAGACAGUUGUGGUGGGGUCAUCAGAUACCUGUAUAUCUUAUUGAAGGAACUUGGGUCGCAGCUCAUUCAAAGGAUGAUGCUUUACAUAAGUUAAAAAAAGACGUUGUUUUAGACCUAAUAAAACAGGAUGAGGAUGUGCUUGAUACAUGGUUUUCAUCGGCAUUACUUCCUUUUUCCCUUCAUGGUUGGCCAAAAAAGACUUCAAAUGAGUUUUAUCCGUUAGAUAUAAUGGAAACAGGACAUGACAUAAUAUUUUUCUGGGUAGCAAGGAUGGUCAUGUUAGGGAUUGAGUUGACAGACACUAUUCCUUUCAAAGAAAUACUUUUGCAUGGAAUCGUAUGUGAUGCUUUCGGACGAAAAAUGUCCAAAAGUCUAGGAAAUAUUAUAACGCCAAAGCAAAUAAUUAAUGGAAGUUCACUGAAAGAACUGCAACAAGAGACAAAAGCUUUAUUAAAUAUGGGUAUUCUUUCAAAUCAAGAAUAUAAAAAAUCAAUUGAAGGACAAGAGAAAAUGUUUCCAGAAGGUAUUCCCGAAUGUGGAACGGAUACAUUAAGAUUCACUCUUUGUAGCCACAAUAUAAAAACACACUUCAUAAAUUUUGAUAUAAAGGAGGUAUAUGCAAACAAAUUAUUCUUAAACAAAAUUUGGAACGCCACGAGAUAUGUUAUUAAAAUGAACGAAACAUUUUUGAAAGUUGAUAGGAGCCGUAUAUGUAUUGAUGAUUUACUACACGAAAGACUUUUACCGAUGGAUAAAUGGAUUUUAAGUCGUUUAAGUGAAACUUCUUCUAAAGUUAAUGAUGCAUUCACAUCGUAUAAUCUACAUUGUGCAACAAUGGCUCUAAAAAACUUUUUUCGGAAUGAUUUAUGUGACACAUAUUUAGAAACAACAAAAAUAAAUCAAUACGAUAUGAGCAAGAAACAAGUAGCCAAAGUUAACUGUCUCGUACUAAAUAUUUGUCUAGCACAUGGACUUGACUUAAUGGAGAUAUUCACACCGUUUUUAUCAUUAGACUUGAAAAAACAUUUACCAUUGUAUCAAGUUAAGUGUCUAAAUUUUUUCAAGGAUCCAUCACUAGAACGUGAAGUUUUUCAAAUAAUGGAAGUGUGUUCUUCUAUACGGCAAAUAAAUAGUCAACACAAUAUCACCAAACAACAAAAACCUACAUUAUUCAUUCACCCAAAUAAUGCAUCCGCGGAAAAGUUAUUGAAAUUAUACCAAAAUGAAAUAGCGUCUCUUUCUUUUUGUGUAAAUAUUCAUUUUGUACAAGAUAACACUUUUGUUAAGUGUGAUAUAAAAUCUACUGCUGGAUCUAUUUGUUCUUUCGGAGUAUCUUUAGAUCAACGUACUGAAUUGAAUGAAAAAUCCAAAGAAAUAAAUUUGAAAAAGGCACAAAAACUAGAAAAAGAAUUGCAAAGAGUUAUGAAAAUAGUUUCAAAUACAGGUUUUGCGAAUGCAGUAAGUGAUGAUGUUAAAAAUAAGAUGAAUAUAAAGAUAAUGAAACUAAAAAUGGAACUUGAAAAUAUUAAGAAAAUACGCUAAGUCAAAUAUGACAAUUGUAUCUAUUUAAAAUGUAAAGAUUAAAGCUUAAUAAAUAUUUUUUUAUUUCGCAUUUUAUCAAGUAAAGACUAC